AUGAGACGACGCUUUAUGACGUGGUACGUCGCCAAACGGGAGAAACACAACAGUAUUCCGGAGCCUCCGACCCUUCCAAAUCCGCGACCUCACAUUUUAACGCCGUCGCCUUCAACGGAAGCCUUGUCUCAAUCAUGUCGUGCCGCAUCGUUUUUCCAGAUACUUCCAUAUGAGGUCCGAAGGCAAAUCCUAAUUGAGGCAUUUGGCGAUCGAACAAUUCACAUGGACCUCACCUAUGGCCACCCACCAAUGCCAGGCAACAAGGAAGCACACGCGAUGAUCCAGGAAUGGAGGUUAGGCCUGGACAAGAGCCGACCAAAGUCUUGGUCCUGGAGAGGCUGCACAUGUCAUCGCAAGCCUCCGCCUUGGCACCCGGCUAUCGCGACAGAGUCUUAUAGUACGAGAGCAGUUGAUAAGGAUAGAUGUUGCGUGGGGCUCGCACACUGCUGCGACAUGUGGGCUAAGAACGGCAAAGAGCUCUAUGGGUGUUGGAUCGGCGCUCUGGGAUGGCUUCAAACGUGCCGACAGGCCUAUACUGAGGGCACCGAUGUCCUGUACAGUACAAACACCAUACAUAUCUCGAGCGCAGCCUUGCUUAUCGACCUUCCAGCAUAUAUCCUCCCACAAAGAUUAUCAGCCAUAACAUCACUGGAAAUCAUCUGGUUUGUUGAAACAGACGUCUGUGUAGGCAAGAAUCUCCCACGCGAAAAGGACCUAAACGCAAUCCUUCUGAUUCUCGACAAUCACUUCCCUAGCCUCAAGAAACUCAACCUAGCCUUGAAGCUUGGUCUGUCUAAAGAUGCAGAAACGCAGUUUAAAUAUCUCUUCGUUAUUCUUGACGAAUUCUUCAUCCGUCACGUCUCUGAUUGCAUGCGAGAACCUUUCGCCGUUUCAGUCUCGUACGCUGCGUACGUUGAAUUGCGACGCGAGAUAGUUCGCGCACAAGGUCAUGAAGGAAAUGUCUUCCACUGGCAGAUAUGGCGCUUCUUUGGUGGUGAGUAUGUUCUGCCGCAGAAGCCAUGGACAGGAGACUAUUUUAAUAGUUCUCCUGGGGCAAGAUGUAACAAUGGGUAUUGGAUUUAUUCUGGCGAGAUCAAUAUUCGCACUGGAGGGGGCAGGAGCUAA